CCACAUCAAAGUUCAGUCUUGCAUUCAAUUCUUUGCUCUUAGUCCCACAAACAACAGCAGCAAGGCACUUCCUGACAGCACACAGUUGAGACUUCAGUAUGUGGGUCUUCACUGUUAUCUCCGUGGCCUGUCUGCUGGUCAGUCCGUCUCUAGCUGGGAUUAAAGAACUCGGAACUCAUUUCACUGACCCUCAGCCGGACCCUAGAGGCUCUGAAGGGGGGGCCGUGGAUAUAGAUGCCGUCCCGCUGGAGUUCCACAAAGAAAACACGGUGACAAAUGACCUGAUUUUUGACGGCUUUGAGGAUGAAGAUUACAUUGAUUUUGAUAAAAUCCUGGGUGCAGGCAACGACGACGACUACAUCGAGGGGGAUGAGAUAGAUGACAUCGCCACACCAGCCCCAGACAUCGACAUCUUUGCUGAACCCUCCGACCCAAAGAUUCGCCGUGCCAGACUCUUACGGCUGUUCCAUGGGCGUUCUCGCCUCCAACGCCUCAACAUGGUCAACGCCCACUUCGGUUUCAACCUCUAUCGAAGUCUUCGCAAUGACGUCAACCAAACUGACAACAUCCUGCUGGCUCCUGCUGGGAUCUCCAUCGCUAUGGGAAUGAUGUCUUUAGGGGCGGGACAGGAAACCCAUGAUCAGAUCUACAAAGCUAUGGGAUUUGCUGAGUUUGUCAAUGCCAGCCAUCACUAUGACAACAGGACAGUGCACAAACUGUUCAGGAAGCUGACACAUAGGCUCUUCAGGAGGAACUUUGGUUACACUCUGCGCUCUGUGAAUGAUGUCUACGUGAAGAAGAAUGUCUCAGUGAAACAUACGUUCCGCACAGAGACAAAGGGUUUUUAUUUUGCAGAGCCGCAGUCUGUGGACUUCAGGGAUCCAGCUUUUCUGAACAAAGCCAACCGUCGCAUCCUGAAGCUGACCAAAGGGCUGAUCAAAGAACCGCUCAAGAGUGUCGACCCCAACAUGGUGCUGAUGCUGCUCAACUACCUGUACUUCAAAGGAACAUGGGAACAAAAGUUCCCCAAAGAAAUGACUCACUAUCGCAACUUCAGAGUUAAUGAAAAGACAACUGUACGCGUGCCAAUGAUGUCCAACAAGGGGAACUAUCUCGCUGCUGCUGACCAUGAACUGGAGUGUGACAUCCUACAGCUCCCAUACACAGGAAACAUCAGCAUGCUCAUCGCUUUGCCACGGAAAAUGGCCGACAUGAGGACCUUGGAACAGGAGAUCUCUCCCACUGUUAUCAAUAAAUGGCUCAAAAAUAUGACAAACAGGACUCGAGAGGUGGUGUUACCUCGAUUUAAACUGGAGCAAAACUAUGACCUGAUUCCAAAUUUGAAAGAGAUGGGCCUCACUGACUUGUUUCAAGAGAGUGCAGAUUUCUCUGGGAUGACUUCUGAAAAGGUUGCAAUGAACUAUUUGAAGCACCAGGGGACCAUCACUGUGAAUGAGGAGGGCACAGAGGCUGCUGCUCUCACCCAGGUGGGAUUCAUGCCUCUCUCUUCUCAGAUCCGCUUCACUGUGGACCAUCCCUUCCUCUUCCUGAUCUACGAGCACCGCACAGACUGCCUUGUGUUCAUGGGCCGGGUGGCCAACCCUUCACAGAGCUAAACUGGAUUUUAAAAAAAGCCCCUCUCAACAGCUAAACAAUCCUCACAGAUCAUAUCUUUAGUUAAGAAGUCCCACCAAGAUAUCUGUGAUUUAUCAGCUGUGCUAUUUGUUUCUAUCAUAGACAGAUACUCUCUGUAAGCGCAUCAGCAACAUUUAACAACAAAUAAUGAGUCUGUAUGUGAAUUUAGUGUCCGACUGAACAUUUAAACUUCUCCUUCUUAUUUCCUAAAGUGAUGUAAGUCUUUUUCAGGGACAUGAUAGAUGCUU